CCUCCUCCUCCUCCUCCUCCUCCUCCUUGUCCUCCUUCUCCUCCUCAUCUCCCCAUAUCCCUCCGGAUCCCUCGGGGAGGCCUUUUUCAUCCCUCCCCCGGCGGCGAGGCUUCCCUCCGGAGGCGAGAGGCGGAAGGAAAGGAAAGGCCGGGGCCUGGUCGCCUUGCCUUCUUCCCUGCUUCAUGGAAGAGGAGUCCAUGAAGAGGCGGCGGGGAGAAGAAGCUGGAGGAGAAGGAAGAGGGCUACUUCUCAAGUCUUAACCCACUCUGGAGGCUGUUUCCCCCCUUCUUUCCCCUUCAGGAUGGCCGCCCCAGAGACGACCCAGCUGGAAGCCGAGCUCUACUAUCUGAUGGCCCGCUUCCUCCAGUCCGGACCUUGUAAGAAAUCCGCCCAGGUUCUGGUGGAGGAACUGGAGGAGUACCAGUUGAUCCCCCGGCGCCUGGAUUGGCAAGGCAAGGAGCACCGGAGAAGCUUUGAGGAUCUGGUAGCAGCCAAUGCUCACAUCCCUCCAAAUUACUUACUCAAGAUUUGUGAGCGCAUCGGACCCCUGUUGGACAAGGAGAUCCCACAGAGCGUACUUGGGGUUCAGACUUUACUGGGGGUGGGUCGCCAGUCCUUGCUACGGGCAGCUAAAGACUGCAGGCACACAUCAUGGAAGGGAUCAGCAUUCGCAGCACUCCACAGAGGCAGGCCUCCAGAACUACCUGUAAAUUAUGGAAAACCACCAAAUGUGGUCAAUAUAAUCUGUGCCAGGCAGACAACUGGAUAUGGGCGUUUCAGCCAUUUGUUCCCAUCGUCCUUCUAUCAGCACAUCAAGAUGCACAAGAGGAUUCUGGGGCAUUUAUCGUCUGUAUAUUGUGUAGCAUUUGAUCGCAGCGGGAGAAGAAUUUUCACAGGUUCAGAUGAUUGCUUGGUGAAAAUUUGGGCUACAGAUAAUGGACGUUUGCUCUCAACGCUCCGAGGACAUUCAGCUGAAAUUUCUGACAUGGCUGUUACUUAUGAGAACACCCUCCUUGCUGCCGGCAGCUGUGACAAGGUAGUCCGAGUCUGGUGUCUUCGAACCUGUGCACCAGUUGCGGUGCUGCUGGGCCAUUCAGCUUCCAUUACUUCCAUACAGUUUUCUCCAGCAAGAAUAGGAACAACUCGAUACCUCACUUCUACUGGUGCUGAUGGAACCAUCUGCUUCUGGCAAUGGCACUUAAAUACAAUGAAAUUUAAGGAUCGGCCAGUCAAAUUUGCUGAGCGUUCCCGGCCUGGUGUUCAGAUAUCUUGUUCAUCUUUCAGUUCUGGUGGUAUGUUCAUUGCAACAGGGAGCACUGACCAUGUAAUACGAAUAUAUUAUUUGGGCUCUGAAUCUCCAGAAAAAAUAGCUCAGCUGGAAUCUCAUACGGACAAAGUAGUUGCUGUACAGUUCUGCAACAAUGGAGACAGAUUAAGAUUCGUCAGCGGAAGCCGAGAUGGAACUGCCAGAAUAUGGCAAUAUCAGCAACAAGAAUGGAAGAACAUUGCGCUGGAUAUGGCUACCAAGAUGACUGGGAACAGCCUGCAAUCUGGAGAAGACAAGGUGUCAAAACUCAAGGUCACUAUGGUCGCUUGGGAUCGAUAUGACAGCACUGUAAUAACAGCAGUUAAUAAUUUCCUUUUGAAAGUGUGGAACUCUUCUACGGGUCAGCUUCUUCACAGCCUAUCUGGACAUGAUGAUGAAGUAUUUGUUUUGGAAGCUCACCCAUUUGACCAAAGGAUCAUGCUUUCUGCAGGCCACGAUGGGAACAUUUUCAUUUGGGACCUUGAGAAAGGAACAAAAAUUCGCAAUUACUUCAAUAUGAUUGAGGGCCAAGGUCAUGGUGCUGUGUUUGAUUGCAAAUUCUCUCCGGAUGGUCAGCAUUUUGCCUGUACAGAUUCACAUGGACACCUCCUAUUGUUUGGCUUUGGGUGCAAUAAAUACUAUGAAAGGAUUCCAGAUCAGAUGUUCUUCCACACAGAUUAUCGUCCCCUGAUCCGUGAUGCUAAUAACUAUGUGCUAGAUGAACAAACUCAGCAGGCCCCGCAUCUCAUGCCUCCCCCCUUCUUGGUAGAUGUGGACGGAAAUCCUCACCCCACAAGAUACCAACGACUGGUGCCAGGGCGGGAAAAUUGUAAAGAUGAGCAACUCAUUCCUCAGCUGGGAUAUGUCGCAAAUGGGGAUGGUGAGGUUAUGGAACAAGUAAUUGGGCAGCAAACCAAUGACCAUGAAGAGAGCAUCCUUGAUGGAAUGAUUAGGGAACUGCAACGUGAGCAAGAUUUGAGAAGGCUUAAUGAAGGUGAAGCGCUUCCAAAUCGUCCACAAAACAGACCGCAGUCUAUUAACAGUAAGAGUUCUUUGAGAAGUCCAAGUUUGGAUAUUGCUUCCCCCCCAAAUGUUGGACUUAGACGGAGUGGUCAGAUUGAAGGUGUUCGGCAAAUGCAUCACAACGCCCCCAGGAGUCAGAUGGCCACAGAAAGAGAUCUCAUGGCAUGGAGUAGGAGAGUGGUGGUGAAUGAGUUGCAUCCAGGGGUUAGCAGAGUUCAGGAGGAAUGCAGAGCUGCCAAAGGUGAAUUAGAAGUCCACCUGUAUACAUCUGAAAAGAAGAGAAAACCUUCUUACACUUUGCAAAGGAGUGAUUAUCAGCCCGGCAGUGGGAGAUUGUUGCGAAGAAACCAACGCAAGCGCCAGCAUGCUUAUCAAACACGCUCCACCAUUGAACAUAAUACACAAGGUGCAAGGAGAGGUUCACAUACCCAGGAAGACUCUGAAAGCUCCUCUGAGGAAGAUGAUACAGCUGGCACAAGCGAUGCCUCUGUGGAUGAUAAUGUGGCUGCCUGGCAAAGUGAAAGCAGUUCGAGUGAUUCGUCCAGUGAAUAUUCUGACUGGACUGCAGAUGCUGGAAUUAAUCUUCAGCCUCCAAAAAGACAAACAAGACAAGCAGCUCGCAAAAUAUGUAGCAGUUCUGAAGAUGAAAAUGUAAACGAUACAAAGGGACAAGAAGAAAAACGCAAGAAACCUAAACAGACACGAAAAAAGAAACCCGGUGGAUUACUUUCAAUAGACGGCGAACCCACCGAAGAAUGGUUUGCUCCCCACUGGAUAUUGGACACUAUACCACGACGUUCCCCCUUUGUCCCACAAAUGGGAGAUGAGGCAAUCUAUUUCAGACAAGGACAUGAAGCUUAUGUGCGUGCAGUCAGAAAAGGAAAAAUUUACAAUGUUAACAUGCAGAAGCAACCAUGGAAUAAAAUGGACCUCAGGGAACAAGAAUCUGUGAAGAUUGUGGGAAUUAAGUACGAGGUUGGACCACCUACACUUUGCUGCUUGAAGCUUGCCUUUCUUGAUCCAAUCUCAGGCAAAAUGACUGGUGAAUCAUUUUCCAUCAAAUACCAUGAUAUGCCAGAUGUCAUUGAUUUCCUUGUGCUACAUCAGUUUUACAAUGAAGCCAAAGAAAGAAAGUGGCAGAUUGGGGAUAGAUUUCGCAGCAUAAUAGAUGAUGCAUGGUGGUUUGGAACUGUAGAAAACCAACAGCCUUUCCAGUCUGAGUAUCCAGAUAGUUCCUUCCAGUGCUACAGUGUUCACUGGGACAAUAAUGAAAGAGAAAAGAUGAGCCCCUGGGAUAUGGAGCCAAUUCCAGAAGGAAUAGCCUAUCCAGAGGUGAUUGGGGCUGGAAUUCCCGUGACAUCAGAGGAGCUGGCAUCCCUGUUGUACAAACCACAGGAAGGCGAGUGGGGUUCCCAUUCCCGAGAUGAAGAAUGUGUGCGGGUCCUUAGGGGCAUAGAUCAACUGUUGUCCUUAGAUAUUUCUAACCCAUUUGCUGUCCCAGUGGACCUUAGUGCCUACCCUUUGUAUUGCACUGUUGUUCCUUAUCCAACUGACCUCACCACAAUAAGGAGAAGGCUUGAAAACAGAUUUUACAGGAGAAUAUCAGCUCUGAUGUGGGAGGUACGAUACAUAGAACACAAUGCUAGGACUUUCAAUGAGCCCGAUAGUCCUAUUGUUAAAGCAGCCAAAAUUGUAACAGAUGUCUUACUUCACUACAUUGGGGAUCAGAGUUGUACAGAUAUUCUGGAGAUCUAUAAUAAAGUGAAAGCAGAAGACCUGAGCAGCACAGAUGAAGAAGUGGUGGCAGAAGCAGAUGCAGAUUCGGAUGGUCCAGGAACCUCAUCUGGGAAAAGAACCGUAAAGCGGCAGAUGAAAAAGCAUCCCUCCAAAGUACAUGCCGAUGCCUGGAAAGACCAGUGCAAGCAGUUGUUGAGCUUGAUCUAUGAACGUGAAGACUCUGAGCCAUUCCGUCAACCCGUUGAUCUCUUUUCUUACCCUGAUUACCGAGAUAUUGUAGACACUCCAAUGGACUUCAGCACUGUGAAAGAAACUUUGGAAGCGGGUAAUUACACAAACCCACUUGAAUUCUACAAAGAUGUUCGCUUGAUAUUCUGCAACUCCAAAGCAUACACACCUAAUAAAAAAUCAAGGAUCUACAGCAUGACACUCCGAUUAUCUGCCUUAUUUGAAGACCAUAUUAAAACCAUCAUUUCCGAGUACAAGUCAGCAGCGCAAUGCCAAAAGAGACAAAGACCAAGGUUAAAGUACCGAAAGCGACUCCAAAGCAGCAGCAGUUCUUCCUGCAGUAGCAGAACACCCAGUCCAAAAAGAAAACAAAAGCAACUGAAGAUGCAGCCUAAAACAAACCUUAAUACCUCAUUGCCUGUAACUAGGACUAAUUCUUCAGUUUCAUCUCAUGUUUCAGAUACCACAGAAGAAUUGCCUGGCUCCGUUGAUGCUGAAGAGAUGGAAAGUCAUCCUUCUUCAUCUGGCUCAAAUAUCCAGAAUCGUAGUGGAAAUGAUACUGAACCAGGGAAAAAUAGACCAGUCAAAAAUAAAUCAACACCAGUUAAACAAGAUCUGCCUUCUAAUAAGCCCCUGACAAAUGGUGAUGGGAGAGAGCUCCGGGCAGCGACCAAGCGAAAGCUGCCAAGUGCAUCAGACGAUGAUGAACACACUGAUGAAGAGAAGGAGAGAGAGCGGAAAGAAAAGCCAUGUCUAUCCACCUCAGAAAGUGGCGAUUCACGAUCGAGCUCAAGUUCUGAAAGUAGAUGUGCCUCUGAUUCAGAUUCUGAAUCAAACUCUAAAACAGAUCAGGACUACAUAGAUGGCGAUCAUGACUACAGCAAAUCGGUUCAGGUGAAGCCGAGAAGAAAACUCCGAAGGAACGUCUCCAAAGGCCAGAAAAACUGGCAGGGUAGAGGGACAGCGAGGAGAGGGAGAUGGGGCCGAUGGGGUCGGUGGAGCAGAGGGAGCCGAGGCAGCCGGGGAGGAAGAGGCUGCGGCAGAGGAAGAAGAAGAGGCAGAGGAGGAAGGAGAGGCCGAGGGAGAGGAACUUCCAGAGGAGCCUCCAGAGCCAAACGCCGGCGAAUGGUGGAUGAUGAAUUUGAGAACCUUUUUGGGGGCCGCUUCGGUGAGAACACAUUUGGGGGGCGAUUCAGUAGGCCCCCUCGAAUUAAAACAAGGAAUGAGGGGAGGCGAACAGUUUUGUAUAAUGACGAUUCAGACAAUGACACUUUUGUGCACACUGAGGAUCCCCUGAACCUUGGUACGUCCAGGUCAGGCAGGGUACGGAAAAUGACCGAAAAGGCCAGGGUCAGCCACCUCAUGGGAUGGAAUUAUUGACAGACUGGAAUGAUGGAACUGGACAAAUGGUGUUAGGACUUCAAAGGCUUUCUACUGCAGGGAUAUUUGCCAGAAAAUCUACUAAGAAAAUUGUGGAGGGACUCCACUCACAUUUUUUCUGUGGUGCUUUUCCAUUUUGUUCAUAUGGUUUUUGUGUUUUUGAAGACUUCUGAUUGCCACACUUUUGGGGCCAAAAGAAGCCCUACCCAUGUGUUCUGUUAUCUGCAGAUAUGUUUCCCCACACUACACCCUGAAUUGGUCACAGCACUGUGACAUCUGAAUCAUGUUUUUGAAGUCUUUCCUUGUUCUUUUUGUGUAUGAGUGUGGGUGAGUGUGAGCGUGAAUGCGUGCGUUAUAGAAACAGCACCUUCUUACAGAAUUUUUAAAACAUUGUCUGCCUUGAAUUCCUUACUUACCAUAAUAACUUUUGCACAAUACACCGAUCCUAAAGGCAGCUAUAAAAUGUUUACAGUUUCUCUAUUGUGUGCAGGAUCUGGAUUAUGUUAAUCUUCCCAGGCCAAACUUUCAUGAAUUUGUGAUGAACAUUACUACGUUCCUAUUUGGGUAACUUGAUAAUGCUUUUUCCACUGGGUUUUAAUUCAUAAUUCCAAAAGAAGAAAGGAUUGGUGCCUUGUAAAUAUGUAGCAAAUCUUUGAUGUGAGAUGUCUAACAUGUGUUAACAUUAAUAUAAAGAGAAUACUUGAGAACUAUGAAUAUCUAGACACACCGGUGCCAAACGCAAAAAUGGACUUGCAUCUAUAAUCUUUUUUGCCACUCUUCAUCUCUUUACAGCAUUAUUGAGAUUGCCACUCGGAUGUUAGCAUCAGGGUUUGAAAUGGCCACCUUUCCCCAGACAUGGUUCGUCUAGUAGCUUGGCUAUCUCUUGACUUGCAAAUAAUAUAACCUUUACAGAGAUAGCUCAUUUUGUUUCCUUCAGUAAUGGGGCCACAGUAGGUUAUGUGGCUGGAGUGGAAUCACUCAGUAAGGCGCUAAAUAACUAUGACAAUCAUACUCAGUAUGUUUUUCACAGUUUUGCUGGUUAGAGAGUCAGUUGUUCUUGCGUACUCCCCCACAUCACCACAUUGUGUUUGUUUUUAUUUAGCAAUCAAAAUGUUAACAAAUUUCUUUUACGCCACUGUAUUUUUGCCAACUCCUGUGUCUCAGUGCUGUGUUUUUUUUUUGGUUUUUGUGUGUGUGUGUGUUCAACAGUUGUAACAUCUCAAGUGUCUAGGAAACAAUUUAUGCCUUCACAUCCAAAGACUUCUAAAUGGUGCAGGAGCUCCUGUAUAUACUCAGAACUCCUUUGAAUGGCUUUUUCAUUCACUUCAAUGGAGAAACCUGAGUGGGUAGCUUUUAUUUCUCUUUGUAUUUGAUAGGCUUUCCCCUUUGGCAUGAACAGGGAGGCUCAUGAAUAUAGAACAUCUGCAUGUAAGUUUUUGCAUGGGUGUGAUGGCAUAUCUUUUACUGGAAAGAUACAUGUCUUGUAGCAGCGUCCGAUGGGUAUAUCAAAAUGUAUCAUACUGUAGGGAUCCUAGAGUUGAAGAAGUAUUAUUUUCUUGUCAUUCUAGGCGGAAACCUAUUAAUGUUCUAAAUAUGCUUUCCCCCUCUUCAGACAACCCCCCCUCUUUUUUCCUCUUUGUGGACAGUGUCAUAAUUUACAUAUAAAACAUUACACAGGAGAAUUGAGGGAGUACAAGAGAGAACCAGAAAGCCAUGGUAAGAUGAUGGAUAAUAUUGCAUAUAAAUAUUUUUUAAUCUUACAGAUAAACCUUUUGCCAGAGGUAUUUGGUCAGUACUGUUCAUGAAAUGAUAGCAGGAUUGCUUAUAUGCUAUGUAUAAUAAAAUAACAUGCACAACUUUGAUUCCACAAGUAAAACAAUAUUUUUUAAAAAAUCAAGUCAUAUGGAUAGUCAUUUGCCAACUUGCUAGAAAUUGCUAAGGCAAAAACAGAAUAAUGGUAUCAGUGAGUAAUAAAAUGAAGAGAACCAAGCAUUUAUAUGCAUUCUAUUUGUACUUAUAAACCAGAUAGAUGGAUUUGGCACACAGUUGCUACAAUUCAGACACAUAUUCUGCCCGUGGAAAGACUGAAGCAUGCAUGGAUUUCCCUUUAGCCUAAAUUGCUGCAAGCUUUUUGUUCCUAUAUCCAAAUGGCUUAGUCCCUUUAUUGAUAUAAGUGGAACAGUUUUAAUGGCAUGUUCCCCAUAUUUGCAUUUGAGACAAUAAAAAGCUCUAACUCGGGAUACGAGUAAAGAGUACAGCAUUCCAAGUAUAUGUACUGGGUGUAUGUUGAAGUGAUGGCAGCUUCUCUAGAAUAACAUCGCUAUUUUAGUUUCAAAACAUUCAAUUGGUUACCCUUAGAUGAUGAGAACAAAUAAUGUUAUGUUAAUGAACAAAAUUUUGGCCCUUAGAAUUGCACCUUUUUAUUUUAUUUUUUUAUUCUAUAAAAACUCUUGCUUCGCUUUAUUUUUGGGGCAUUCUCCCUUGGGAUUGGAAAACUGAUACCUUUUCCUUUCUUAAAAUUUAGAUGAUGGGUGGAAUACAGUUGGUUUUGUAAUGUUUACCUUAUGUGUUGCAGAGACGAUGGCAACGACAAAUCACGUUGAAAUUUGGUUAUCCGGAUAGUUUUGUGUGACAAUUCCUACUUGUCCUCGUGUGCUUGUUUCAUCCUGUAGAUGUUCAAGGAUGUCAAGUGUUGUUGGUCACCUCAGUAUGUGGUUGAUUGGACAGUGUUUCUUUUCCAGUGUUGAAAUGAGAUAGGGAUAUGGCCUGGAAGGAGCAAAAGAGUUUAGGACACAUUCUCCAAUAGACAGCUGUCAUGUCCUCCCAGAUUAGGCUUGCAUUGCUUUAUUCAAUGCAUGUCAUGUUCCUUAUCCUUUUCUAUAGCUUCAGAUACUCCAGUAUCACUUGUCCUGUGGAUGUUUUGCAUGAUACUGACUGCAUCCUAGUGGCCUCAGAACUGGGUGUCAGUAGUGAUGGCAGCUUCUUCUAUAGAAGGAUGAGCUCUAGGGGAAAAGAAAUCCAGAUAAUGUCACAUUAAAUCAUUGUAGGGUGGAUCAAGAAAACAAUCUACAAUUCCUUUUCAAAGGCAUAGUCAGGAUUCAAGCUUGGAAAAGUUGCUUUUGGGGACCAUAACUCAGAAUCCCUGAGUGCUGCAUCCAGAACUCUGGCCUUUGUUGCUCUUGCAGAACCUUAAGCAAAACAAAUGCUUAAUACAGCAGCAUAUUGUCUUCAACCAAGAAUAGAAAAUGUACUGACUGUUCUAGUAUGACAACUGGAUAACACUGGUUUUGAGAUCUUUAUACAUGUAGCCAGAUUGUGCGGUAGAAUCCAAAGGUGAUAGAGCAGGCUAUAUUUUGAUCAGCUACAGAUGGAGAAAAACAUUUUUGAAUGCCCCCUCAUGCUGAAAACACACAAACGCACACACGCAACAUGGUAUCUGGAAGAAAGAUCUGGUCUACUCUCAACAGCUAUACGUUUCUCCUUGCAGGAAGGAUUUUUUUAUUCUUUAAAAAAUAUAUAUAUGUGCUCCUAAAAGUACUACAGCUCUUUCCACUGCCUCAUCUGUUCCAUGACCAGGCUCCAUACCUAUUUCAAGCUUUGGUAGAGCUGUGGUCAAAUUACCUGAACAUGGUGAGCGUCUUGUGCAUCAUCAGCUAAGUCAAAAUAACAUUGUUUUGUCCUACAGAUUUCAGUAGUUUUUUGUGGGUUUUUCGGGCUAUGUGGCCAUGUUCUAGAAGAGUUUAUUCCUGAUGUUUCACCGG